CACGGUCCGACGUGUUCCCUCUCUCUGUACGAAGUAACGAAGCGGAUCGCACUCGUGCUACCUCAAUAAUCACGAACUAGCAAAUGAUGGGGGUGCGCGUCGCAGACGAAGAGUUGCGCCCUCGGGUCAUCAUUGUUGGUGCUGGCGUUGGAGGCGUUGCUACUGCAGCGCGGCUCGCCGCAGCGGGAUGCACGGUUACCGUGGUAGAGAAGAAUGACUUUUCUGGUGGGAGGUGUAGCUUAAUACACCGUCGAGGAUUCAGAUUCGAUCAGGGCCCAAGCCUACUUCUACUUCCUCAACUCUUCCGUGAGACGUUCCAGGAGCUCGGGACCUCGCUCGAAGAUGAGGGUGUGAAUUUGGUCAAAUGUGAACCCAAUUACAAGGUCCAUUUCCACGAUGGCACCUCUUUCAGGCUCUCGACAGACAUUGCCGCCAUGAAAGGCGAGGUGGAGCGUUUCGAGGGCAAAGAUGGGUUUGAGCGGUACCUUGGAUUUCUACAAGAGUCACAUCGCCAUUACGAGCUGUCGGUCACGCACGUGCUAAAGAAGAACUUCUAUUCGUUGUUCAGCAUGAUGCGCCCGGGUUUCUUACGGCAUCUGCUCGAACUGCAUCCGUUUGAGAGUAUCUAUAGUCGUGCGAGUAAGUACUUCUGGACGGAGAGAUUACGGAGAGUGUUCACGUUUGCGAGUAUGUAUAUGGGUAUGAGCCCAUUCGAUGCUCCAGGGACGUAUAGUUUGCUACAAUAUACGGAGCUGGCUGAGGGCAUAUGGUAUCCUCUCGGCGGAUUUCACAAGGUCAUUGAAGCCCUCAUCAAUGUUGGCGCGCGCUUGAAUGUCGAAUACAUGUUCGACAGCCCCAUAUCCGAGAUCCAGCUGUCAGGCGACGGCACGCGCGCAACUGGCGUUAUAUUCAAAGACAAGACAAGGCAACCACUCACCGCAGAUGUUGUCAUCUGCAACGCAGAUUUAGCCUACGCAUACAACGAGCUUCUUCCAUCGACAAACUUUGCACGAUCUCUUCUGAAGCGGCAGGCUUCGUGCUCAAGCAUAUCCUUUUACUGGGCGCUCGACAGAAAAUUCCCCGAGCUCACUGCACACAACAUCUUCCUAGCCGAAGAUUACAAGGAGAGCUUCGAUAGCAUUUUUAAGAAACACCAGAUACCCGAUCAGCCUAGCUUUUAUGUCAACGUUCCGUCUCGCCUUGAUCCUUCUGCUGCCCCUGAAGGGUGCGAUUCCGUCGUUGUCUUAGUGCCUGUUGGACACUUGCAUGAUUCGACGACAAAUUCACACAAGGGUUCUCAGAAGACUGCAGGGGUGACCCAAGACUGGGACACCAUGGUUGCCACAGCGCGUAGGACAGUCCUCGGGACGAUCGAGACAAGGCUCAACAUCUCGCUCGGUCCGCACAUCAUUGAGGAAGUCAUCAACACGCCACCGACUUGGAAGUCUGUGUUCAACCUUGAUCGUGGUGCCAUUCUCGGCCUGAGCCAUUCCUUCUUCAACGUGCUUAGCUUUAGACCGAAAACCAAGCAUCGAUCUAUCAAGGAUCUGUACUUCGUAGGCGCGAGCACUCAUCCAGGUACGGGAGUGCCUAUCGUGCUUGCCGGAGCGAAGUUAGUUAGCGAACAAGUUCUCCGUGCACUACGACAAGAGGGGCGUAUUUCGUCGCCUAGAGGGGCUCUAGAGGGAGAGAAAUCAAACAUAAGCCCAUUGGAUCGUCUGCAGAAAGAACAGUAUCUAAGCUGGCUCCAAUGGGCCUUGUUGAUCUUGAUCAUGUCGGCAUGUCUUUUGGCUACUUCGAGCAUGUGGCAUGGGAACAGUAUAAACAUUUUGUGAUCAUUAGGUUUGGGAUACUUUAGAUCUCUGAGAAUGAUUUGUCGUGUAAAUAAACAGCGCUAAGACAUAUAUAUUGUAUCUCGGGAAAUGAAAGAACCUUGAUCAUGUUUCCACUAACAA